GUGCUGCUGGCCGGUGUGAGCCUCAAACUGCACGUUUACAGAUCCGUUACGUGAACAGACAGCAGAGAAGCCAGCCUGCCAACGACCGCUUGUGUAACACAGAAGUGUGCCAGAAACUUUAAAAAAAUCUCUUGCCCCCGCCUUCCCUGCCGGAGUAAGUUCAGACAUCAUUAGCAAAGGAAGAACAGAGAUUAAAUGAGAUAAAAGGCUGCCUGAUCUUCUGGUCCAGCUGGGUAAUCCCUGGAGCAGAACUUGCAAAUUCAUCUUGGUACUGUAUUAGGAGUUUGAAAUAAGGUCACUUAUUUCCUUUCUGACUCCUGCACUGGUGAACGUAGGAUAUAUAUAAAUAAAAUAAUAAAUUAUACUGUUAUUUUUUUUUCUUUAAAGCCAGCGACUUUCUUCAGGGGAAACAACAAAAAUGCGCUUCAAUGAAGUAUCUUAUUUACUGGUGCUCACUUUUAUUUGCUUGAGCUGUUUUUUACAAGUUAAAUGCCAGGAGCGGCCACAGCAAAACCCACUUCCACCAGCCCGCUGGAGGCAGCGGGUUCAGUGGGAGAAUAAUGGCCAGGUGUUUAGUUUGCUUAGUCUCGGUUCCGAGUACAAACCCCCCCAAAGGAAGCAGGAGGAUUCAGCACAGCCGGUCCGAAGAGCGAACCCGGUAGUACUACUCACCAGUAACAGGACUUCUGAAGGAAAAGCCAGCCCAGGCUCGGAUACUGGAGCCUCUUCAUCGUCCAGUACUCAAGGCAGAGGUAAUGGUGCAGCCUCGGCCAGACGAUCGGGGGGCAAUUAUUGGUUCCAAGCCGGGUAUGCUGGAAGAGAUGGGAGGUCUUCGUCUGGAGCCCAGAGAGGUCAAGGGGAGAAUCGAACUCCAGAACAGGCUGGAAAAAGAGAAGCAUCAUCCCCCGAAUCUGUCCGUGAGAACCGAACUGCUGAACAAACGAACAGCAGCAGACCUUCUCUGCCUGCCAGUAAUAAUGAGGGACCAAAUUUGGAUGAAGAAAUGUUGGGUGAUGAUCCCUACAACAACCCUUACAAGUCCACGGACGAUCGCUUCUAUAACUACUAUGAUACUUAUGAGAGACCAAGAGAAAGUGCUCCUAGACCAGGCUAUGGGACCAGGUACUUUCAGUAUGGAUUUCCAGAUUUGGUCCCAGAUCCGUAUUACAUCCAAGCUUCUACAUAUAUACAGAAGACAUCCAUGUACAACCUCCGCUGCGCAGCUGAGGAAAACUGCUUGGCGAGUUCUGCCUACAGAUCCAAUGUAAGAGAUUAUGACACUCGAGUGCUUUUAAGAUUUCCACAAAGAGUAAAGAAUCAAGGCACAGCAGACUUCUUACCGACCAGACCCAGAUAUGCUUGGGAGUGGCACAGUUGUCAUCAGCAUUACCACAGCAUGGAUGAGUUUAGCCAUUAUGACUUGCUGGAUGCAAACACAAACAGAAGAGUUGCAGAAGGGCACAAAGCUAGUUUUUGCUUAGAAGAUACUUCUUGUGAUUAUGGAUACUACAGAAGAUAUGCGUGCACAUCCCAUACCCAGGGAUUAAGCCCAGGGUGCUAUGACACGUACAAUGCAGAUAUAGACUGCCAGUGGAUUGAUAUUACUGAUGUUAACCCUGGAAACUACAUACUAAAGGUUAGCGUAAAUCCUAACUUCUUGGUACCAGAGUCAGAUUAUAACAACAACGUGGUGCGCUGUGAUCUUCGCUAUACAGGUCACCAUGUCUAUGUUUCAUACUGCAGAAUUUCAGCUUACUAAGGCCAUGGCCCCGGAUAGGAAUGUUCUCUUCUGGAAAACAGUUUUGCACACCCAGUACUGAUGAGGGCAUCAGACACAUCUGCACACUUUGCCAAAGGAGCAAUCAGAAAAAGAAAACUGGGAUUGAUCAACAAUUUAAAAGAAAGUUUUAUCUUCAAAUGUUAUAACUGGAUUUUAAAAUUUUUUAACUAUGCUUUUCCUAAUUAUAGAUCUGAUGGCUGUAGAUUGCAGGUCCCUGCAUCAAUGUGCCUUAUAAAAUAUUUUUUGUUUUUAGACAGGCCACCUGAUUUAUAGUGCAGCCAUUUGAGGGGUCUGUUAAUGACACUUAUAAUACAGAUUCAGUUCAGCAUGUUUUUAAAAUGCAUUCAGUAUCUGUGUUCAGAUGGAAAAAUCAACAGCCAUUUAAAACUCAUUGUUGAAAUAUGACAAGAUGAACAUAAUAAUUAUACUCAACAACAACAAAUUUCUUUAAAAUGGUUACAUGUAUACAGUUUACAUUAAAACAUGUUAAGAGGUAAUGCCACUUAUAUAUUUGUCCUUUGAAGUUCUGAUAGCAUUUUACUACAAUGGAAAGAUAAACGACAUAAUAGAUGAAAA